CAUCCCGUACCCGCCGGGGACCCGGCGGCCGCGGCGCACCUCGGUCUCGGCCUCGGCCCAACUUCACCGCCCCCCGGCGCGGGAGCAUCAAAGGAGGGAGUGACAUCAGCCUGAAGAAGAAAUCAUCUCAAGUGUUUGCAGGAGGAUCGAAAAGCUAAGAGAAUGGAGUCGGAAAUAGUUUUGAAUCUUCGUCGCCAGCUCAAAGAAGCUGAAGAGGAGCGAAGGAAAGCGGCCCAGUAUGGUUUACAACUAGUGGAAAGCCAAAGUGAGAUGCAGAACCAGUUGGAAAAAAUGCAGAAAGAAAUCACAGCCACAACGGAGGAUUAUGAACAACAAAAGUAUUCCCUUCAAAGAGAAGUUGAACUCAAGAAUCGAAUGUUGGAAAGUUUGGGCUCCGAAUUUGAAUCAGUUAAACAGCAACAGAAAUUGCAGUUGGAUAAAUUGCAAGAACAACUGAAAAGAAAUUAUGCGCAAGAAGUGAAUGAACUUAAAGAUAAGUUGGAGAAAUUGAGAGCAGAAUUGGAUGAAUCGAGGCUGAGUGAAAAACAAUUGAAGCACAAAUUGGAUCAUCAGAAGGAAUGCCUGGCUGCUAAAUCCGAAGAACUGCACGUGAUGUCUGAGCGUGUUCAUGAGACGAUGUCUUCAGAAAUGUUAAAUCUUCAGGUGGAGCUUACUGAACUUGAGAGUGAAAAGGCUGCCCUGGAGGAGAAAGUGAAUGAACUGCAGUACAGACAAGAGCAACUAGCACUUACUAAUUUUAAUUUACAGCAUCAGAUUGAACGCCUUCAAGGGGAAAAAGAAGAGAGAGAAAAGGAAGUUGUUUCUUACUGUAAUGCAUUAGAGAAAGCUCGUGAAUCGAACCAGGAUCUUCAGGUUCAGUUGGAUCAUGCGCUGCAGCAGUCCUUGGACCCCAACAGUAAAGGCAACUCUUUGUUUGCGGAGGUGGAAGAUCGGAGGGCAGCGAUGGAACGUGAAUUGAUCAAUGUUAAAGUGAAAUAUCAGUCACUUCAAAAACAACAUGCAUUUAUUAGAGAACAGUUGCAAAGAAUGAAGUUGCAAAUGGCCACAUUACUGCAGAUGAGAGGGUCACAAGCUGAAUUUGAGCAACUUGAGCGCUUGCAGGCUAUGCUUGAACAAAAAAAUGGUGAAAUAAAGAACCUUUUAACGAAAGUGGGGCAGUUGGAGAAAUUUAAGAACCUAUAUGAGAAUAUGGAAUCUAAACCUUCUGGGAGCAGUUCCAACCCUGUACCUCUUGAAGAUGAUACCUACUAUACAGAUUUACUUCAGAUGAAGCUUGACACCUCCAACAAAGAGAUCGAAAAAAUUCGGGAUGAGCUGUCUUUACAACGCAUGAAGGCACUAUAUGAAAGCCAACGAGUUCUGGAAGUUGAGCGAAAACUUUUUUCCAAUGAAAGGCACCUCCAGCUUUGUCAGAGUGAAAACAUGAGCCUACGAGUUAAGGUCGAUGAAUUAAAAAUGAAAUAUGAACCCGAAGAAACAAUUAAAAUGCCCACACACAAAAGAAGGCGAGAGAAAAUACCAGUAGAUAUACCUCCUUCUAAUACUGAUGUGGAAGGCAAUAAUUUACCCAUUCAAAAUGAAGAGGCAAAAGCAGGAAGUAGCAAAUUAAGAGAAGAAAAUGAAGCACCAGUAGCAAAACCAUUGUCUCUGGAUACAUCAGCAAAUGCAUGUCUUCCAAAAACUCCUCCAGGGAAUAAAUCAGUGAAAGAAAAGAAAUGUGUGAAAAUCGUGGCAGAUACACUGAAAACUGAAGUUUUAAGUGGACGAAGUUGCAACAGCCCCAAAUUCCCCAGGUUAGCUGCUGAAUCCAAGCUCCAAACAGAGGAUAAAGAAGAGGAAGAAACUACAAGCAAACCUGAGAGGAAAGCUCGUAAGAAAACAUACACUACAUUAUAUGUGUCCUCAAAACCGACCCCUGAAACACAGUGUCCUCAACAAUAAAAAGGCUUCCCUUUUGCUUAGCUAAACUAAUGUGCAGGUUACCAGAAAGUAUGCAAUAUACCCCCAAAUUUUACAUUGCUGUUUUUUAAAUACGAUUCAGAUUGCGGACUGGGACAGGUCUGUGCCUCCAGAGCCUUAAACAUUCAUGCCUCUCCGUCGGAGUAGGAAUGGUUCUUGUUUUUGCCUUUUGGUUGCUACAAUAUGCUAGCAAGUUCCACCGAGUAGUAAUGCAGUGUUUCACAAAGCUGUUAAGACAUACAGUAAUUAAAACUAUGAUCAGGAGGAAUACAUUGUAAUGAAUACAGAUAUAUUUGCAGUGUUUUCAUAUGACUUGUCUUUUUGAAGAAAAGAGUGCUAAUUUUCCUUAGGGCCCUACGUUUACAUAGAGAAGAUUGAAGUUGCUAAUUGAUACUUUUCUAUAUUUUUAUUAAAUAGUGUUAACAUGUACAUUGAUGGAAUAUUUGGGAGUAUUUAAAGCUCCUCUGCUAAACUUAUGCAUACAUUAUGCAUUGAAGUUGUUUUAAUUUUCUUAAAACAUGGGAGCUGGGGUGCUUUUUCAAUCCAUUAAACAGAAUGUCUUGAAAAUAUAUGGUGGGACCGGACAGCUUGGAUUUGUUCUAAGUUUGUUCAGGAAAUAAAUCUUGUAAACUAAAUAUUUUGAAGGACUUGUGUCAUAUCUGGGGUAAUAUGACUUCUGAUACUGCUAAAUAAAGGUUUUUAUAGAAUUGUAUGUCAAA